AUGAAAAAAGAAAUGCCAAACAUAUAUAAAGAGUGGUAUGCGAACAUGCCCACCCAGAUGAUAGAUGUAAGCGAGUCAUUUGUUGGAAUAGGAAAGAUGGUGAUAAACGGCCACUCUAUCUACAGAUACAUCGAAGACGUGUACAAAAUAAAAAGCAGCACGCUUCCUCUAAAGCUUCUGGACACCAUAGCAGACACCAUUGGACACAGUCUCAAGCUCUCGGGCUUUAAAGACUCGUACAUAGUUCUGUUCCACGAUGAGGAAGAAACAGCAGAGCGAAGCAUAUGCAUGCGAGAGGUGAUCGCUGCUCUGGAAAAAAGCUGCUCAAUCAAGACCAUCUGGUUCCACUCUCUGCAGGACAAAGAGUUCAGGCAGUUCCUAAAGGAGGAGCACAUCUGCAUAGGAGUUGCAUACCAAAAUACGCGAUCUCUAGUAUUUUUAAACACAAUCCUGGGACUCUCUCUGUACGCAGGUGUUCUGGACAAAGAAACCUUCCGUGCUCCAAGGCUGUUUAUGUUUGUCACAAACCCCUCGAACUAUCUAUACGGAGUGGAGUACAUCACAAAAGAGUAUCCAGUGGUCAAGAUGGAAAGCGCUGAAAAAGCACAGGAAGCAGCAGAGACCAUCAUAAAGAAACACCUGGGCGAAAGUGUCUACGAAGCACACAAAGAAGUGCUUUCAGAAAAAAGAUGUUUCUCGAGAUAUUCAAGAAAAGAAGAGCCAGUGAGCACAGAGCUGAUCAAAGAAAUAGCGAGCGCCAUUAAGACAGCUGAGGUGUGCAGUCUGAAGGAUAUGAUAGAUGGCUGUCUUCUAAACCCAGAAGAAGCACAGACAGAAAAGGCAGAGAGUGUAGAAGAGGGAAAGGAGAAGCCCCGCAGAAAGAGCGUAUUUAUCCCCACAUCUCUCUCGUCUGUAAAGUUCUACAAUGAGGAGCAGGAGAGAUCUUUCCGCACCGAGCAGAUGUACAUUGAGAGCCUGAAGAAAACAGCGCAGUCUCUCCACGAGGGAAAGCAUCUCCACAACCCAAUAACACUCGUAACCGACAAAACAAAGAAAAAGAAAGAAAAAGAGACAAAAGAAAAGCUGAGCAAAAAACAGCUGGAGAUCAUAGAGAAAAACAAGAAACAGAAGGAGCUGGAGUCAAAAAAGAAGGACAUAGCGUUUUUGAAGAGCUUCAAAGCCAAGUACGAGUCAUUUUCCGUUACAUACGAGAAGAGGAGACACCUUGAGUCUUUCCUCCCAAGAAUACACUCAUCCUUCAUAUGCAGAAAAGUGCUCCUGCUGAACAUAGAGUUCUACGACAAUCUGUGGAGCCUGGAAAAGAGAAAAAAAGUGCCAAAUAAGAAAGACCUCGUUUCUCUCUACAUGAACUGUGUCUCUUUUAUUGAAAAGUAUGCAAAAGAGUCGUCCAUUGAAGAGCUGCAGUUUGCCAUGCAGCGUCUGCUCGACCACUCGUUUGAGUCCACAGUUCUGGAGAUGUGCAAGAAGUACAGCAUCAGCUACAUAAACAAAAAAGACCCAAGCUGCACAGAGAUAUACGAUGGCUGUGCGCCCGUAAGCAUAAGCUUCACUCCAGGAGCCACCGGGAAGCCAAAUGACAACGACAUUUCGUUCCUUAUGCAGCACGCAGGGGAUAAGCUGAAGAGGUCUCUUAACUCGCAGGAAGACCCAAGACUUUUGUUCAAGCCAGACGGAUGGCAGUUUGAUCUUUUGGAGAUUGUUGAUGCUAACCAAAGCGCAGUGAUAUGUGCUCCUACCUCCUCUGGAAAAACAUUUAUCUGCUACUAUGCCAUGGAGAAGGUCCUCAGAGAAAGCAAUGACGGGAUUGUCAUUUUUGUUGCGCCCACAAAGGCCCUUGUGAACCAGGUGGCUGCAGAUGUGUAUGCCCGAUUUGGAUCAAAACCGUACAUCAAGCAGAGCAACAUUCUGCAGGGUAUUUGCAUGAGCGAUUUCCAAAUAUCGCCAUUUACCUGCCAGGUGCUCAUUACCGUUCCUCCCGUGCUGGAGAAAAUACUCACCAUGCCUCCCGAGCCGUCUAAGAAAGGCCAUCCGUAUCUCGACAGAAUAAGAUACAUCGUGAUAGACGAAGUGCACAAAAUAAGCGACAGUAAGAUAGGGUCUAGCAUGGAGAAAAUCAUCCACUUCAGCCCGUGCCCUCUCCUCCUCCUCAGCGCCACCAUUGGGAAUCUCCACGAGUUCUUCAACUGGAUCAAGAAAAUUGAAGAAAAGAAAAACAGAGUGUGCAAUUUGGUUGUGCACAAAGAAAGAUACUGCGAGAUAAAAAACUACAUUUUCGUGCCAAAGGAGAUCAAAGCCCUCGAAAACUGCCACAAAACAACAAGAGAGGCAGGAGAGAAGGCAAUUGCGCAGAUACACUCUCUCUUUGCAUACUCCUUCAGAGGAAUCAAAGAAGAAGGAUUCAGCAACGAUGUAAACUUCCUCCCCGACGAGCUUCUCAAUCUGUACUACGCCGUAUAUGCUGUGCUGAAAAAUGACAGCGCCAGAAAGCACCUUGCAAAACAGUUCAUGCCCAGAAAGUUCUUCAAAACAAAUUGCAUAACAAAGGGAGAUGUAAAAAAGUACGAGAAGUACGUCAUUGAAACAUUCCAGAAGAUGAUCAAGACAAACGAGCUAGAGCCCCAGCAGGUCACGCAGAUAUACGAGAUUCUGGUCAGAGACGCAAAGGAAGGAUUCCAGAAAAUAGACGACGAUCUGAAGAACAGACUGGACAAACAGAUGAUCGAAGCAGCCCAGAAGGAAAAAAAUAACGAAGAGCUGAUGAAAGCAGGGGGAAAGAAAACAGUGGACUGCAAGAAAGUUUUUGCAGAAAGCGAGGAAGCAGAACUCACAAAAAGCGUUGAGAAUAUGGAAAUUAAAAAAACAGAAAUAUCGCCCGACAUACUCCUCUACAACACAGACUAUCUCCUGGACAACGUGCUUGACCUUGUGGUGGAGCUCGAGGCUGCAGACAAGCUCCCGUGCAUUGUGUUCAAUCUCGAGCGAACUGUCUGCAACUCGCUUGCGAUCAGACUGUCAGAAGAGCUCGAAAAGUUUGAAAAGUGCGCGCCGCCUGCCUUUUCCAAGACCGAUCUCAGAGAAAACGAAAAGAUUCUGAAAGAAAUGAGAAGGGCAAGAGAUGCAACAGUGGCAACAGGAAAGGACUCCUGGAUCAGCGAGUCGAUCGUUGCUGAAGAGGCAUCGGGAAGGAUCAUAGACCCCAAUGCAAAAGACCCCAGAUUCUGCUUCACAGACCCUACUAUAUCCUCGUCUGGGGCGUAUUUGCUCGAUGAGUACGCAAAGUCCCUGAGAAAAACAGGAAGGCUGGACCCCAGGCUUAUACAGGCGCUGUACAGAGGAAUUGGCGUGCACCACAGCGGUAUACCAAAGAAGUACAGAAACAUGGUUGAAAUCCUCUUCCGAAUGAAACAGCUUCGAGUGAUAUUUGCAACAGAGACUCUGGCGCUGGGUAUCAACAUGCCGUGCCGCACUGCAGUCUUUGCAGGGGACUCUCUUCUUCUCGACUCCAUGAGCUUCAAGCAGAUGGCAGGAAGAGCUGGAAGAAGAGGGUACGACACACAGGGGAACGUGGUCUUCUUUGGAAUUUCAAAACAGAAGGUAAGAAGUCUUAUCACCUCCUAUCUGCCGUACAUAAAGGGCGAGUAUCCGUACACAAGUCUGCUCGCCAUACAGUCAGCAAGGCCCACAGUGAAAGACUCAUCGAUUGAAAGCAUAGUAACCUGCCCCCUUACGUCAAUUUCUCUGCCAAAAGAGGGAAGUGAAGAAGAAACCGCUGAAGAAUCGCUGAAACUGAAAGAACAGACAGAAAGCAUACUCGCUGCGCAAAAAGAGCACCUCGUGCAGAAGAUGUUCCUCUCCCCCGAAGUUCUCACACUCGCUGAGAAUAUGGAGAGAAAACUCGCACACACAUCGAGUCUCUGUGACAUGGGCCUGAACAGCCUUUCGUACGGAGCUGAGUCGUUUGUGUUUAUGUCGCUGGUGAAUGAAGGAGUGCUAGAUGCAAUAUGCAACCAGAAAAAAGACAAGGAAGAAAUAGCAAGAGACAUCAUCCUUCUGGUCUCGUACAUAUUUGAAAUCUAUCCUCUUCCAAGCACGUCAGAGCUCCCUACUCUCCCAGCGAUUGAUCCAGCUAUUUUUUCAAUCCUUGACAGAUACUACAAAGAGUCUAUAAAGAUCACAAAGAGGUUUAUGAAGCCAGAAGAGCUUGAGUGGCUUGCGCUGGUGCCAGAGCGAGUGCACUACACGCCGGUAUCAAAGUCCUUCUUACUUCUUCCCUAUCUGUACACGAAAAAGAGCAACUACAUUCUGAGGUACUUUAUCGAUCAGAACGUCAAACAGAUACUCAGAAGCAGCGGGAUGGGAGAAACAGAGCUGUGGCAGAGGCUCAAGAGCAUAGAAGACAUUCUAACACAGCUGCAGGCCUACUAUAAAACAUACAACGCCACCUCUAUUUCCAUGCCAUUUGUAGACGUUACCUACACAUACUUCCAGGAAAGGUUUGCCAAGAUGCACGCAUAA